GUGACGCGCGGUGACGCGCGCGAGCUCGAGGCGCACGUUGGCUGUGGCGGAGGGAGCCACAUAAACAAAGGCACAUUGCGGGGACGGGGACACUCCGGCCGCCUCGCAGCGCCGGGCGACACGCUGCCGCCGCGCUCCCGCACAGCCCCGGCGUGUCCCGACGUCCCGCGUCCCGCCCCGCCGCCGCACGGCACUUGGAUGCCCGCACAGGACUCGGCUCUCCGCCAGCGCGCUGGGCAGGCUGGAGUCCGCCUCCGGGUGCUAAAACCGCGGAAAGUUUGCUCUCCGCUGACCUCCGACACUGUCCGCCUUCAGCUCCCCCGAAAACGCCUCUCCCUCGGCUGAAGCCAUGCCCUGUGUUCAGGCUCAGUAUGGGUCCUCGCCUCAAGGAGCCAGCCCGGCCUCCCAGAGCUACAGUUACCACUCUUCGGGAGAAUACAGCUCCGAUUUCUUAACUCCGGAGUUUGUCAAGUUUAGCAUGGACCUCACCAACACUGAAAUCACUGCCACCACUUCUCUCCCCAGCUUCAGUACCUUUAUGGACAACUACAACACAAGCUACGACGUGAAGCCACCUUGCUUGUACCAAAUGCCCCUGUCCGGACAGCAGUCCUCCAUUAAGGUGGAAGACAUUCAGAUGCACGGCUACCAGCAGCACAGCCACCUCCCCCCCCAGUCCGAGGAGAUGAUGUCCCACUCAGGCUCCGUGUACUACAAGCCCUCGUCGCCCCCGACCCCCUCCACGCCCGGCUUCCAGGUGCAGCACGGCCCCAUGUGGGACGACCCCGGCUCCCUGCACAACUUCCACCCCAACUACGUGGCCACCACGCACAUGAUCGAGCAGCGCAAAACGCCCGUCUCCCGCCUCUCCCUCUUCUCCUUCAAGCAGUCGCCCCCCGGCACCCCCGUCUCCAGCUGCCAGAUGCGCUUCGACGGGCCCCUCCACGUCCCCAUGAACCCCGAGCCGGCCGGGCCGCACCACGCCGUGGACGGGCAGGCCUUCGCCGUCCCCAACCCCAUCCGCAAGCAGCCGUCCAUGGCCUUCCCCGGGCUGCAGCUGGGCCACGCUCCCCAGCUGCUGGACAGCCAGGUGCCCUCGCCCCCGUCGCGGGGGUCCCCGUCCAACGAGGGGCUCUGCGCCGUCUGCGGGGACAACGCCGCUUGCCAGCACUACGGCGUCCGCACCUGCGAGGGCUGCAAGGGCUUCUUCAAGCGCACGGUGCAGAAAAACGCCAAGUACGUGUGUCUGGCCAACAAGAACUGCCCGGUGGACAAGCGCCGCCGCAACCGCUGCCAGUACUGCCGCUUCCAGAAGUGCCUGGCCGUCGGCAUGGUCAAGGAGGUGGUGCGCACAGACAGCCUCAAAGGCCGGAGGGGUCGCUUGCCAUCCAAACCGAAGAGCCCCCAGGAGCCCUCUCCCCCCUCUCCCCCGGUGAGUCUGAUCAGUGCGCUGGUGAGAGCCCAUGUCGACUCCAACCCGGCUAUGACCAGCCUGGACUAUUCCAGGUUCCAGGCUAACCCCGACUACCAGAUGAGCGGAGACGACACUCAGCACAUCCAGCAGUUCUAUGAUCUCCUGACCGGCUCCAUGGAGAUCAUCCGAGGAUGGGCAGAAAAAAUCCCCGGCUUCACUGAUCUGCCUAAAACGGACCAGGACCUGCUCUUCGAAUCCGCCUUCCUGGAGCUGUUCGUGCUGCGGCUGGCGUACAGGUCAAAUCCAGUGGAGGGCAAGCUUAUCUUCUGCAACGGGGUGGUCUUGCACCGGCUGCAGUGCGUCCGCGGCUUUGGGGAGUGGAUUGAUUCCAUUGUGGAAUUUUCCUCCAACUUGCAAAAUAUGAACAUCGACAUCUCGGCCUUCUCUUGCAUCGCUGCCCUGGCCAUGGUGACAGAGAGGCACGGGCUGAAAGAACCCAAGAGGGUGGAAGAACUUCAAAACAAGAUUGUAAAUUGUCUCAAAGACCAUGUGACUUUUAAUAAUGGGGGGCUCAACCGCCCCAACUAUUUGUCCAAACUCUUGGGGAAGCUCCCGGAACUGCGCACGCUUUGCACGCAGGGGCUGCAACGCAUUUUCUACCUGAAACUGGAAGAUUUGGUGCCACCGCCAGCAAUAAUCGACAAACUUUUCCUGGACACUUUGCCUUUUUAAGACUCUUCUCCCGUGCUCUCCCACUGGACUGAAGAGAAACUUCGCUUCUCGGAAGGGGGACUCGGCUGGGCCCAGGGCAGCACCCCUGGGUGCCAGUUCCCACCCAAACAGUGUUGGUAACUCCUGCGGGCAGAACGGCAAGGGGCAUUUUGGCUCUGGGGCAUCAUGGAUGCACAUCAUGGACUACACAAAUACCAUGGUAUAAACUUUUUAUUAUCAGCUUAUAAAUGAAUUUAUUAUUAAGGACUUCUGAUUUAAAAGAUCUGGCAACGCCGGGUGCGCAGCUAAGACUCUUAUGGUGGCAAGCAAAGUGUUAAGGUGACCCACAAGUCUCGCUCUCCUAAAGACUAAAGUUUUCUGCUGUAAAAGAAAGCUGUAAUAUAUACAAAACGUAAAUGUUGCGUGGGUGGCAUGUCAUUGAAGAAGGCAAAGGCUUGUAAAUUUAUCAGAUGCAGUUUGGCUUUUUAAAAAUUAUUCUGUGCCUAUUUAUGAAGAAAUACGGAAAACAAUUAUAAAAAAAAUAUUAAAAAUAAAAGCUAAACAUGUUUUAAAAAAAAAAAAAAAAAAAAAAAAGAAUAAAAAAAUAAA